AUAAGUUGUUCCCGACCUUCCCUGCCGGAAAGGGCGUGCACGAGGUUAUCCCAGUUUGAGAGCUCGCGAACCGAAUUAACGGAACACUGUGCUGACGGGGCUUUGCUCGCCGAACAGGUGGAACAUUUGGCAAAGAUAUACGAAAUUGAAACCACGUAGCGCCAUUCCGAAGAUUGGAUUUUAAAACACGGAGCAGCGUCGUUAGCCGGUAGAUUGAGCCCCCGCACUUUCUUCUCAAACCCCUCGGGACAUACAGUAACCGGAGGAUAGCUGUUUAUUGAAGAUUUGUUGAAGGAGAGAGAAUUUUCCUCCCAGCAAGCCAUUGUGCAAUGAUGGAAAAUGCCAUGUUUUAGGACGAACCCUUAUAGCUAGCUGGCUGACCAGGCAGCUAGCAGCACAUAUCAAGGAUUCUGGAUGAUUAUUCCACAAGAGUCCAUUGGGCAUCAUUAUUAUCAUCCGGAGAGCGCCUGUAAUUUAUCACCGAGACAGACGCACUGUCUGUCCGUCUGACAGUGGACACAAUGGGCGACACCAGUCUGAACGACUCGAACGUGAAGGUCGCAGUCCGUGUUCGUCCUAUGAACAGGAGAGAAAAGGACCUGAACACAAAAUGUAUUGUGGAUAUGGAAGGCAACCAGACCAUCCUUCACCCAGGUGGUGGAAACCUGGGCAAGGGAGACUCCAGGAAUCAGACCAAGACCUUUGCCUACGACUACUGUUUCUGGUCCAUGGACGAGUCGGAAAAGGACAAGUUUGCAGGUCAGGACGUGGUGUUCCAGUGCCUUGGGGAGAGUCUUUUGCACAAUGCUUUCCAGGGCUACAAUGCCUGCAUCUUCGCCUAUGGACAGACGGGUUCGGGGAAGUCGUACACAAUGAUGGGUUCGGUGGACUCUCCAGGUCUGAUCCCGCGGCUGUGCAGUUCUCUGUUUGACCGGACCCUGCUGGAGCAGAGGGAGGGGGAAGGCUUCACCAUAGAGGUCUCCUAUAUGGAGAUAUACAACGAGAAGGUCCGCGACCUCCUUGACCCCAAAGGGAGCAGACAGGCUCUGAGAGUGAGGGAACACAAGGUGUUGGGGCCGUAUGUGGACGGCCUGUCUCGUCUGGCUGUGGCCAGCUACAAGGACAUCGAGUCUCUGAUGUCAGAGGGGAAUAAGUCUCGUACGGUGGCCGCCACCAACAUGAACGAGGAGAGCAGCAGAUCUCACGCAGUCUUCAACAUCAUCCUCACACACACACUCAAAGACCUGCAGUCUGGGACGAGUGGUGAGAAGGUGAGUAAGCUGAGUCUGGUGGACCUGGCUGGCAGUGAGAGAGCUGCUAAGACUGGAGCUACCGGUGAGAGGAUGAAGGAGGGCAGCAACAUCAACAAGUCUCUGACCACUCUAGGCUUGGUCAUAUCUGCUCUGGCAGAACAGGGGUGUGGGAAGAACAAGACCAAGUUUGUCCCCUACAGAGACUCUGUACUAACGUGGCUGCUUAAGGACAGCCUGGGCGGCAACAGCCGAACGGCCAUGGUGGCCACGGUGAGCCCGGCGGCCGACAACUACGACGAGACGCUGUCCACGCUGCGCUACGCCGACCGGGCCAAGAGCAUCGUCAACCACGCCGUCGUCAACGAAGACCCCAACGCACGCAUCAUCAGGGAGCUCCGCGAGGAGGUGGAGAAACUACGGGACCAGCUGACACAGGCAGAGUCUAUGAAGGCCCCAGAGCUGAAGGAAAGGCUGGAGGAGUCUGAGAAACUCAUCCAAGAGAUGACCGUCACCUGGGAGGAGAAACUACGCAAGACGGAGGAGAUCGCACAGGAGCGUCAGAAACAGUUGGAAUCCCUGGGCAUCUCUCUCCAGUCGUCUGGCAUCAGAGUGGGAGAAGACAAGUGUUUUCUAGUCAACCUCAACGCUGACCCCGCUCUCAAUGAGCUGCUGGUCUACUACCUGAAGGAGCACACUAAGGUUGGUUCAGCAGACUCCCAGGACAUCCAGCUGUGUGGGAUGGGUAUUCAGGCUGAACACUGCAUCAUUAACAUCACAACUGACCAAUGGGUGGUCCUCACUCCCCACAGGAACUCACGAACGUGUGUGAACGGCUCUCCUUGCACCAGCCCGCAGCGGCUCCACCACGGAGACCGCAUCCUGUGGGGCAACAACCACUUCUUCAGGAUCAACUUGCCUAAGCGGCGGUCGCGGGGUGGCGGUGAGGAAGAGGAGGGUGAGGGGGGCCCGAUGAAGAACAGUAGCAGUAGUGAACAGCUGGAGGGGGACGGAGACACCAACAGUGAGGGGUCCUCCGAGGUCUCUUUCUCCUACGAGUUCGCCCAGACAGAGGUCAUGAUGAAGGCCCUGGGCAACAAUGACCCCAUGCAGGCGGUGCUCCAGUCCCUAGAGAGGCAGCACGAGGAGGAGAAACGCUCGGCGCUGGAGAGACAGAGGCUGAUGUAUGAACAGGAGCUGCAACAGCUGAGGAGACGGCUCCACCCGGACAGACAGUCUGUAGGACAGGCUGGCACGGCCCCCAGCCAAUCACAGGGCCAGGCCGACAGGCCGGGACAGCCCCACUACCGCAGCCUGGAGAGACUCAGCAUGGGAGGCAUGUCCAACUCACCUAGUGCACAGAGCAGGCUGAGGCAGUGGAGUGAGGAGAGAGAGGCAGUGUUGACCCGGAGCCUACGUAAGCUGAGGGAGCAGAUAGUGAGAGCUAACCUGCUGGUGCAGGAGGCUGGCUUCAUAGCAGAGGAGCUGGACAAACGCACCGAGUACAGAGUCACCUUGCAGAUACCUGCUGCUAACCUCAAUGCCAACCGCAAGCGUGAUGCAGUGCUGAGUGAGCCUGCGGUGCAGGUGAGGCGUAAGGGGAAAGGGAAACAGAUCUGGGCUCUGGAGAAGAUGGAGAACAGAAUGGUGGACAUGAGAGAACUUUACCAGGAGUGGAAGGACUACGACGACGACAACCCUGUGAUGCGUUCCUACUUUAAGCGUGCCGACCCGUUCUUUGACGAGCAGGAGAAUCACAGUCUGAUAGGCGUGGCCAACGUCUUCCUGUCCUGUCUGUUCUACGACGUCAAGCUGCAGUACGCAGUACCCAUCAUCAACCAGAAGGGGGAGGUGGUUGGGAGAUUACACGUUGAGGUGGUGAGAGUGGCGGGGGGGGUUGAGGACAGCAUGGCUGGAGGAGAGGACAACGAAGCCAGCCCUGAUGGAGAGGUGCAAGAGAGGAAACUGGUCUGUAUGAUCAAGAUCCUGCAGGCGACAGGUCUCCCCCAGUACCUGUCCAAUUAUGUGUUCUGCCAGUACUCGUUCUGGGACCAGGCGGAACCCGUCAUCGUGGCCCCAGAGGUGGACCCCUCCGCCUCGUCCCACAGCAGCAAGGAACCGCACUGCAUGGUGGUUUUCGACAGCUGCAAGGAGCUAGGUGUGGCAGUAACAGAAGAGUUUAUAGAGUAUCUGACAGAGGGGGCAUUGGCCAUCGAGGUGUACGGACACAGACAAGCAGACUCCGGCAGGAACCCUGCCCUCUGGGACCUCAGCAUUAUACAGGCCAAGACACGCACACUACGGGACAGGUGGAGUGAGGUAACCCGUCGUCUGGAGAUGUGGAUCCAGGUGUUGGAGAUCAACGAGAACGGAGACUUCAUGCCUGUAGAGGUCAUACCUGCCAGAGACGUACGCACCGGAGGCAUUUUCCAACUACGACAGGGCCAGUCAAGGCGUCUGCAGGUGGAGGUGAGGUCCGUGCAGGAUAGCGGCACCAUGCCCCUGAUAGCUGAGGUGCUGCUGGCCGUGUCAGUGGGCUGUGUGGAGAUCAGACAGACCCACCAGGCCAAGGCCAGCAACGAACCCAUACAGGUGGAGGGCGAUGAGAUGGACAGCUAUCAGGAGCGUGAUCUGGAGCGUCUGCGUCACCAGUGGCUGACGGCUCUCACCAAGAGACAGGAGUACCUGGACCAACACCUUCAGACCUUGGUCAGCAAGCCAGAAAAGACCGAGGAGGAUAUGGAGAGGGAGGCCCAGCUUUUGGAAUGGCGUCUGACUCUGACCGAGGAGAGGAACGCGGUAAUGGUGCCUUCAGCCGGCAGCGGCAUCCCCGGAGCUCCCGCAGAGUGGGUCCCCCUACCUGGAAUGGAGACCCAUACCCCUGUGCUUUUCCUGGACCUUAGUGCGGAUGAUUUCAGUUCCCAGGAGGCAUUGGAGGUCCCGGAGGCAGGCGGUUGGGACGCCACUCUAAGCGGAGAGGAUGAGGACGACUUCUUCGACCUGCAGAUCGUCAAACACUAUGAUGGAGAGGUAAAAGCUGAGGCGUCAUGGGACUCCACAGUGCACGAGUGUCCCCAGCUGAGCCGCGGCGGAGCGUGGCCAGAGCAGAGGGUGUAUCUGACGGUACGUUGCGUGGUGCAGCUCAGCCACCCGGCAGACAUGCAGCUGGUGCUGAGGAAACGGAUCUGCGUCAACCUGAACCCGGGCAGACAGGGCUUCGCCCAGAACCUCCUGAAGAGGAUGUCCACUCGCUCCACCAUCCCCGGCUGCGGGGUCACCUUCGAGGUGGUCUCCAACAUCCCCGGGGACGCCCAGGGUUCAGAGGACAGGGAGAUGUUGGCUCGUUUAGCUGCAAGCGCCGAGAACCCCAAGUCGGCCGACAACGAGGCGGCCAUCGAGAAAUACCUCCGCAGUGUCCUGGCUGUGGAGAACAUCCUCACUCUGGACCGACUACGACAGGAGGUGGCGGUGAAGGAGCACCUGGCAGGCAAAGGGAAAGGCAACAGACGCAGUCUCAGCUCCCCCAGUGUACACAGGCUCUCUGGCAGCAGACAGGACCUGUCCUCUACCUGCAAUCUGGAAAACAAGAGUCGCUGGGAGAGCCAGCAGGACAUCUUCAUCACCUCGCCCCAGUUCAGCCGGACUCUGCCUCGCCCCUCCCCCCCCACCACGCCCCCACAGAACCAGGACUCAGAGCAAGGUCGUUCAGGGCUUGCUGCCUCUUAUCUUUCAGUCAAAGCCCUGGUGCCGCAGAUGCCCAAGCUACUCAAGUCCCUGUUCCCUGCCCGCGAGGACAAGAAGGAGCCUCUGCGCCCCUCGCCCCACUCCCUACAGCACAUGCCUCGUAUCAUCAUGCAGACGACAGGGCCUGAAGACAGCAGGAUCCGGAUAGAACCGGUUGCUAUGGUAGUGAGGACAGCCCUGAUCCCGGCCCUGACCAAUGACAGGUGGUCGGAGUCCCCUGAAGCCACUCCUGUUCCGUCCUCCCAGCAUGACCCGCAUGACUACCCCCUCAGCCCCAUCAGCGAGGCCUCCAGUGGCUACUUCUCCACUAGCGUUUCCACGGCAACCCUGUCCGAGGUUUCUGUCGGCGGCGACCACCCCACCACCCCCCUCCGUCCGUCCUCCUCCCUCACCCUCCUAGAUGCAGGGGUGAGGCUGAAGGGGAGUAAUGCUCCUGAAACUACAUUACCCAGACCCCAUCCGCAGCAGCGAGCUGACCGGAACGGUGUUACUGCUGCAUCUCCUCAGUACGAAAACAAAAUGGCCACCACCGGUCCCGGCUCCAACGUCAACAGCGUGGUGAUGGGCAACAAGCCCUUCUCAGUGCAGAGGGUGUGCACGUCGGACCUGAAGUCGUUGCAGGAGCGUGUCCUGGGGGAGGAGGAGGGAGGAAGAGGAGGACAAGGGAGUCUGGAGAGGUUGGAGAUCAUCCUGGACGAUGAGGACGGCGGUCGCGACUUCGUGUUGCCUGAUUGGCUGAGAGAGGGGGCGUGCGUGACGGUGGGAGCCAAUAAGGGCGGGACGGUGCGCUACGUGGGCAACACGAAGUUCGCAGAGGGCGUGUGGGUCGGGGUGGAGCUCGACUCGCCCUCAGGUAAGAACGACGGCUCCGUAAGUGGGCACCACUACUUCCGCUGUAACCCUGGUUACGGCGUCCUGGUGCGUCCCAACCGAGUGCUCAGACGGGACCGUUCCACCAAAUGGAACCCGGAGAAUCGGCGCAGUGGCGAGUUCUACCAACCCGUUCUACGGGGAGAGUCCACUAACAGGAGAGGGGAGAACCGCAAGUCCUGGAGCAGUUGAACUGGAGAGAAACAGGCCUGGGUGGGAGAGACUUUUAUUCCUCACACCACUUUGUCUCCUGGCUCGGAUCAACGAGAAAACCCUCACAUUCUUUUUUAUCCUGUUUCUAAGCCUCCGUCUCACUCAGACUCCUAUCAAUUUCCUUCUAACUAUGCAAUACUACCACAUCUAAUGUAACAACGGUCCCUGUCCCCUAUCCACCAUCCACCAUCCACCCACAGCUUGGCAACACUACUUCAGUACUGUGCCCUCUCCUGGCCAAGAGAUGCUAGGCUGGGUUUCUGUAUAGCACUUUGUGACAUCUGCUGAUAUAAAAAGGGCUUUAUGAAUACAUUUGAUUGAUACAGGCUGAUCCUGUGUUGGCUUGACUGGCCAUGCCUCUGUCUCACUACAGGGAACACCCAUAGGGAUCUGUCUGGAUUCAUUUCAAUAGGAAAGAUUUUUACUCAACCUGCUCCUGGUGCGCUGUCUCCCUAUCUGGAUGCAGCACUGGUGGCGCCCCCUGUGGCAUGGAUUGGGCACAGCACCUGAAGUGUGACUAUACAGAGUGCUGCUGUCUGUAUGAAGUGACGCACCGGGCAACCAAUGGAGAAUGUUUCUUCUCGGGCCAAGGUUCAGGAUCCAUAGUGAUGACAUUACUUUUUCUGAUGUCAUCAAACUGGUCACCUCGAGAAUCCUUCUGAACGAAUGAGGCUCUAUUCUACCAGACUUGGACUGGAACCCCCGACCCCUCUUUUUCAAUGGAACUGUCCAUUUUACACACACCCCUCUUUUUCAAUGGAACUGUCCCUUUUUACUAAAUUACUAAAAAGUGACUAUAUCCGUUGCCCACAUGUGGAGUCAUUUAUCUGAAAUGAUUGAUUCUUCCAGAAUGUGCCUUCAUGAUGAGUUUAUUUUUCGUUGUAAUAUAUUUCUUAGUGGUUUUAUUAGAUUUUCACCCUCUGAGCUUUGAUGAGAAUGCCUUGUGUAAGUGUAAGGUGAUCUCAGGGACUGCAGAGUGGACAUGAACGUCUAUGUGGGUGCGCCUGUGUGUGUUAGAAGUUUGGCCCUUAAAGGCCGAAUUUACCCAUGGCAAUGUUGUACAGUGGACAAAUAAUUGUGUGUGUGUGUGCAUGUUUUCGGCUAAUCUGAAAGGUGAAGCAGCGUCGUUAUGAUGGCGUGGUUUCUGCAACAGUCAUUGGCAUUGGUUUUAAAUUGUACGUGGAGAAGUAGGUUGAAAGAUGAUUCCAUUAUGAGGAGAAGCCCAGUGUGCAAAAUUGGUUAAAAAUACACAUUCUCAACAACUAAAUAGAUGUUUUUCAAUGUCUUGCUCAUAGGGAGGAGAUUUUGCACAGUAGAGGUUUAUCCCUAGUUUGGUGGUGACUCUAGUGAUCUGUGUUAGCAAAAUGGGUGCCUAAGGUUUUAGAACUGUUAGAGGAAGUAGCAGUGGCAUAUAUGUAUGGUGUGUGUGCUGGACUGGACCGCUGGUGUUGUGUAACGUCGUAUCAAUGUGUUAACGUCAUGUGACGUGUGGCGCGGAAGUUGGAUGGAAGCUGGUCUUUUGAUUUGUGUUUGGACAAAAAUCAAUCUUCUACGCAUGCGUUCACCCGUUAUUUUUAGACACAGAUCUGUAAUGGGGUCCGAAAUGUAGAUGUACAUGACUUUGGGAGAUGUCUUUUUUUUAUAUAUAUAUAGUUUCAAAGUUUUAGGAGCAAAUUUGUUUGAAUGCAAAUUCCAGGUUGAGAGUUGAAGGAUGUGUAAUGAGGGACACUAUGGAAUUUUAAUUUAUGUUUAAUUGAUCCCUAGUAAAUCAUUUUUAUUAGACAGAAGUUUCAUUCAAAUAAGCUGUGUGCUCUCACCUAGUGAGCUGAGUCACAAACUCUGACAGGACUCAAUGUGCGUUAAAGGGAUACUUCACCCAAAUUCCAACAUGACACAUUGGUUUCCUCACCCUGUAAGCAGUCUAUGGACAAGGUAUGACAGCAAUCCAUGCUUUGGUUUAGUUUCCCUGGCACCGUUUCCACAUGUUAGCAUUUGCGGCACAAAUCCCAUUCAAGUCAUGGGACCGAUAUUAGCAUUCUUCGCACAUGCCUGAAUCAUCAGUAUCUACGAUUGAUUGUGAAACUCAAUAAAGUCACUUAUAAAAUGUUUUGUACAUGAUGCGCAACAAACGCUCAUAUCGAUCCCAGGACUUGAAUGGAAUGUGUGCCACAAAUGCUAACAUGUGGAAACGGUGCCAGGGAAACUAAACCAAAGCAUGGAUUGCUGUCAUACCUUGUUUCCUCACCCUGUAAGUAGUCUAUGAACAAUGUCAUUUUGUAAUGACUAUACCUUUAACACUAGUCCAUUCAGCAAGCAUGGCGUGUAGUCACAACAUAAAUGAAGGAUCUGUAAGAUAUACCCCUUCGCCCCAACGCUAUGCCAUUUCUUUAAGAAAGGUCUACAUUUGCUAUGAUAUAUAGAUAUAUAUUGUAAUGGUUGACAUAUGCCUUUAUCAUGUGAAAAAGACUAAGCCUUUUAAAUUAUACUGAAAAACGUUGUUGAUUGCACAAGUAAUUCUAUGAGGAAUGAUGCUGCUAUAGCAACUGUAAAUUGAUCUGACCAUUGGUAUUAUAGUCCUUAUCGGGAGUUCAUCUUGAUUAUAGUCUUGAUCUUUAGCCUUAAACAUCCACUUGAGAUGGGACAGAGUAAAGAGGAGUUGUCAGUGGGCCGAUGACUGGCCAGUUGGGAGAUAUAGUCUAGUAGAUGGGAUGAGCAAGUGUUUUAUUUGUCAUGGUUGCCUUAAGUACUUUACCUGAUUCGCUCAGACCCAUUACGUUGCUGUUAGCGGAGCUAGGGUGUUUUUUUAAGUUGUUUGUCAUGGUUGAGUUGGUGUCGAGCCUUUAACCGAGUGAUCAUUGUGCUAAUAUAAGGGAUGGAAUUGAGUUUGAGGGUAUGUGCGUGUGUCUUACAGUAGAUGUGUGUUUAUAUGAAGAUUGUGAGAGCAGGAAGGUUGCGUUUAGACAGGCAGCCCAAUUCUAAUCUUUUUUUCCCCAAUCAGAUCAGCUCUGAAAAACAAAAAGGAUCAGAAUUGGGCUGCCUGUGUAAACGCAGCCAUAGUGUAUCGGAUGGAUUUGGCCUCGGUUUUGUCGUGUCCACGCUUCUUUGCACAGAGACCGAAAAGUGGUUAAGAUCACUUCAGGCUUAUCUAGUUCUUUAUUUCCGUGCCUCGCUCUUUCUUUCUCUCAUACUCUUUCUCAUCAGGAAGUCAGAGACACACAUUUCAUUAUUCAGAAGCUUUUACCGGUUUGUAUUUCCAACUGUUAGCUCUUUAACGAGAUGUGGAGUUUCCUAGUUCAGACUAGCAUGUGGCAUAAGUACUUCAUUUCAUCAUCAUGGACUUGAUCAUAUGACCAUUUAUGCUUGUGACUGUACGCGCUCAGAACCACGUUUUCUAUUGAGUUUGACCUUUAGACUAUACUUGAUUAAGGAUAUAGCCAUACAGUUACCGUAUCAUUCCACAGAAGGCAUGCUCUGUUUUAAAGAAUAAGCAAGGCCCAAGGGGGGGGUUCAAGAGUAUAUUUGUUUAUCUUCUUUUCCAAUAUAUACAUAUACUAUAUAUCACAACACAGGCUCAGAGCAUUAUGACACCUGCCUUUACGUGGCCUUCAGUCUACAAGUUAUCUUCACGUCUGUCUGUCCCUCUCUGGGUUUAAUAACUAAAAACCUCCAUCUUCGGCUUUCUCCAGACUAUCAAGUCUGGCAAAGGCGAGACUCCAUAACUAGAAACCCUCAAACUCCAGCCAUGGAGAAACCUGUGUACUAUUAGACUGUUCCUUCACACUACACGUGGCUUGUCCAUAGCCAGCAGGGGACCACAUCAGACAAACUGCCACUGUACAAAGUCGGGCGCUGGCUUAUGUGCCAAUGGAAGCUCAUGUCAGUAGAGGAUUCUAAAUGGGGAACUUGUCUGUUUUUCCUCAACACAGACAUCAACUAGAGUAGAGCCUCUUUACCCCCAACUCUCACCGGCCACGUUCCAUUUCUGUGCUGAGCUCCCAUCUCUCAGGUGUUCAACACUAAAGCGGUAGGAGGAAGGGGCAGAAAUGGAAUUGGGCCGGAUCUUCAGACUGUUUGUGCAACUCUUCUUCUACAACGGUUGCUUCUGAAAUGGCACCCUAUGGUAUUAUAUUCCUGUAGUGCAUAGAGAAUAGGGUGCCAUUUUAGACACAAUGACUGACCUGAGACCAGCUCUGGUUUGUGCCUCGUCCUGGAGUCUUGAGUUAUCAAUGAUUUGCGUAUCUGAUUCUGUUCUGCCUGUUGUCGUGAAGUGUAUUAUUUCACUAUAUCUGUGGGAGCGAAUGUGUGUAGGCAUGACUAUGUAUGUAUGUAUGUAUGUAUAUGUAUAUAUAAAGACUUAAAAAUCUGAGCACAAGUUUGGAUUUUGAUUAAUUUAAUUCUCUGCUGAAAUCCAAAGAAUAAUCAUGUAUUAUAAUGCAUUUAUCAUUUUCUUUUUUAUUGCCUGGACAAUUAUCUCCCUGUAAAGGAAAGAAUAAAAAAAUGAAUUGAUUUACAUCA